AUGAUGAACUAUGUUCAUGUGGACGAGAAAUGGUUCUACGCCACGCAAGUUAAACGAUCAUACUAUCUUGCUCCUGGCGAGGAACCGCCACAUCGCACGUGCAAGUCCAAGCGCUUUAUCACCAAGGUGAUGUUCCUGUCUGCUGUUGCCCGCCCACGGUGGAUUGAAGAUACCAAUUCUUGGUUUGACGGAAUGAUCGGUACCUGGCACUUUACAGCUCAAGUUCCUGCGGCGAGGUCGAGCCGGAACCGUCCUGCUGGUGCAAUGCAGACUGUACCUGUCAGUGUCACCCGCCCGGUGUACAAGGCCAUGCUCUUGGAGAACGAUAGUUGGCCCAUCGAAGUCAAGUUCCAACCUCCCAACCCUCCAGAUUUCAACGUUUUGGACCUUGGAUUUUUCCGAGGGAUUCAAUCCUUGCAAGAGAAGUACACGUCGCGAUGCAUCGACGACAUUAUUGCCGCGACGGAGCGUGCUUGGGCUGAUGUGGACAUGCAAACAUUGACCAACAAUUUUCUGACCAUACAGACUUGCAUGCGCGAAGCCAUCUGUGCGCAAGGAAACAACAACUACAAGAUCCCCCACUCUGGCAAGGCAAAGUUGUUGACACGUGGAUUGUUGCCACAAGUUCUCCCUGUUGAUCGUGACAUCGUUGAAGCAGGACUCCAGCAGUUGGAUGAGACUGACGUCAGUGCGAAGUUCGAGGAACUGGCAGCAGAAGUGUCUGAAGCCCUGGAGAUGUGUGAUUUUAGCUCCCAGCUGGAAAAACUCAUUGUUAGCGACGAGCUUCAGGAGGAAUCUUGUGUUGAAUUGGCCCAGCUAUUGGACUUGAGCAAAUUGCUUUGA